AUGAAGACUUUACUGGUUUUAGCAACAGUUAUUCUUGCAGCUUCAGCUGCACAUUUUCUUGAUGAAGAAUGGAAAAUCUGGAAAUCUAACUAUGAAAAGAAAUAUGUUAAUAGUAAGGAAGAUGCCAUCCGAAGACAAAUUUGGGAGGAAACUUGGCAGAAAGUACAGAAGCACAAUAGCUUGGCUGAGAAAGGAUUGAAGAAUUAUACUUUGGCAGUGAAUAUGUUUGCUGAUAAGACUGUACAAGAACUGAUACAAAGAAAACCAUGUGAUGCAAAGCGGAUUCAGUCAAAACCAGAUACAAAACCAAUAUCCACUUCAAAUUACACUUGUGAUAGCAAGAAAAAGGCGGAGGAUUUGGUGGAUUGGAGAACUUCGGGAUGUGUCACCCCUGUAAAAAAAUUAGGACUGUUUUGUCAAGCAUGGUGGGCUUUUGGCAUGAUGGGAGUCCUAGAAUCACGGCACUGUAUU